AUGGCGGACCAGCAGCUUGCGACCAAAGCAGCGGCCCCUGCGCAGCCCAUCAACUUUCUUCUCGACAUUGUGAACGGGCGACACAAGCUUUCUCGGGCCAUCCCCAUUGCUCUCCUGAUCUUCGAUGCUCUCCUCUGCAUCCUGAUCACACUCAAGGUUCCUUACACCGAAAUUGAUUGGGUCGCGUACAUGGAACAAAUUGGACAAAUCGUUGCCGGCGAGCGCGACUACAGCAAGAUCAAAGGCGGCACCGGCCCUCUCGUCUAUCCGGCUGCGCAUGUCUACACCUACACGGGACUUUACUACCUGACCGAUGAGGGGACGGAUGUUCUUUUUGCACAAUUUUUGUUCGCCAUCUUAUAUCUGGCAACCUUGGCAGUGGUCAUGGCAUGCUACUGGCAGGCAAAGGUUCCGCCCUACAUGUUUCCGAUUCUUGUCCUGUCGAAGCGACUACACAGCAUCUUCGUCCUGCGAUGCUUCAACGACGGUGUCGCAGCCCUUUUCUUCUGGCUGGCCAUUUUCAGCAUGCAACGUCGUAACUGGGCUGCUGGCGCGCUUCUCUACAGCUGGGGCGUGGGGAUCAAAAUGUCCUUGCUCCUUAGCGUGCCCGCCGUGGCUGUGGUCCUCUUCUUCGGCCGAGGCCUGAAGGGCAGCUUACGCUUGGCGUGGCUCAUGGCACAGCUACAGGCUCUGAUCGGAUUGCCCUUCUGGGCGAGGCAUAUGCGGUCGUACUGGGGUCGCGCAUUCGAGUUGUCGCGGCAGUUCUUGUACAAGUGGACAGUCAACUGGCGGUUUGUGGGCGAGGAACUGUUUCUGAGCCAAGGCUUUUCGCUGGCGCUACUGACCGGACACGUGAGCGUCCUGUGGCUCUUCAUCACGACGCGCUGGCUCAAGCCCGCCCAGAAGCCGCUGUCGGCCAUGAUCCCAGCACUCCUCAAGGCCGACUCGCCCUUCAACCCCCUCGAGGAGAUCCAGGUUUCCGGUUUCGUGACGGCCAAGUACAUCAUGACCACGGUCCUGACGGCCAAUGUUAUCGGCCUCCUCUUCGCCCGGUCCCUCCACUACCAAUUUUAUGCCUAUCUUGCCUGGGCGACUCCAUACCUCCUCUGGCGUAGCGGUAUCCCGUUCCCCCUUGUCUACAUUCUGUGGGGUGUACAGGAGUGGGCCUGGAAUGUCUACCCCAGCACAGAUGCCAGCUCGAGCGUCGUCGUGGGUAUGCUGGCCUUCACUGUUGGCAGCGUGUGGUUCGGAACGGCGAACGACAAGCUCGAGAACGCACCCCUUCCAAAGCCUCACCUACCACCGGGCAGGAAGGCUGGGUCGAAAGAGCAGUGA